AUGACUUCGUACGAGUUCCUCAUUCCAACCAUCCGAUACCCCUUCGUACCUCCACCCUCACGAGUUCCAGCCCUACCCAUUCGUCGAAAAGAGGGAAAUUUGAUACGAUCAGAAAAACAAACCGUUCUUUCUCCCCAUCAGCUUCUCUGUGCUUGUCGAAAUGUGAUGGUCACUACUCAUUUCCGUCGAAAGUGUCGUUUCACAUCUUGUCGUCGUCUUCAACGCCUUCAACAUCGCCUACUACCAUUCGUCUAUUUUUAG